GUUCUAAUUCUAGAUAAAACCCCUCUCCUUCAACUUCAACGUCGAACCCCUUUCCGACCAAGGAAUCGAAGAGCAGCAGCCAUGAACGCCCCCGAUCGAUACGAGCGAUUCGUCGUACCGGAAGGCACAAAGAAGGUCUCGUACGAGAGGGACACCAAGAUCGUCAACGCCGCCUCCUUCACCAUUGAACGAGAGGAUCAUACUAUUGGAAACAUACUUCGGAUGCAGCUGCAUAGGGAUCCGAAUGUACUUUUCGCGGGGUACAAGCUUCCUCAUCCUCUCCAGUAUAAGAUCUUAGUGAGGAUCCACACUACAAGCCAGUCUUCGCCAUCGCAGGCAUAUAGACAGGGGAUUGAAGAUCUUGACAAGGAGCUGCAGUAUUUGAAGAAAGCUUUUGAGGAAGAGAAGAUCACGUUACAGUGA